AUGCGGAGGGGCGCCGCCUGGGCGCUGCUGCUGGCGGCGGCCCUGGGGCUCGGGGCGCGCAGGGCGCGCGGGGCGGUGGCCCUCGCCGACUUCUACCCGUUCGGCCCGGAGCGCGGUGACGCCGUCACCCCAAAGCAAGACGACGGCGGCUCAGGGCUGCAGCCUCUCUCGGUGCCUUUUCCGUUCUUUGGCGCCGAGCACUCCGGACUCUACGUUAACAAUAAUGGGAUCAUCUCCUUUUUGAAGGAGGUUUCUCAGUUCACUCCAGUGGCCUUCCCCAUUGCCAAGGACCGUUGUGUAGUGGCAGCCUUCUGGGCAGAUGUAGACAACCGACGUGCAGGUGAUGUCUACUACCGGGAGACUACUGAUGAAGCCACACUGAACAGGGCCACAGAGGACAUCCGACGCUACUUCCCUGAGCUCCCAGACUUCUCUGCCACCUGGGUUUUUGUUGCUACAUGGUACCGUGUGACCUUCUUUGGAGGCAGCUCCUCUUCCCCUGUCAACACAUUUCAGACGGUGCUCAUCACCAAUGGCAGGUUCUCCUUUACCAUCUUCAACUAUGAGUCCAUCUUGUGGACCACAGGCACACAUGCCAGCAGCGGGGGUGACUCUGCUGGCCUGGGAGGAAUUGCAGCCCAGGCAGGCUUCAACGCGGGUGAUGGCCGCCGCUACUUCAACGUCCCUGGCUCGCGCACCACGGACAUGGCCCAGGUGGAGACCACUACCAACGUGGGCGUGCCCGGGCGCUGGGCGUUCAGAAUCGAUGAUGCCCAGGUGCGCGUGGGGGGCUGCGGCCAUACAACUUCCGUGUGCCUGGCCCUGCGCCCAUGCCUCAACGGUGGCAGGUGCAUCGAUGACUGCAUCACAGGCAACCCCUCCUACACCUGCUCUUGCCUCGCUGGUUUCACAGGGCGGAGGUGUCACAUGGAUGUGAACGAGUGUGCUUCCCACCCAUGUCAAAAUGGUGGGACAUGCACCCACGGGGUCAACAGCUUCAGCUGCCAGUGCCCAGCCGGCUUCAGAGGACCUACCUGUGAGUCAGCCCAGUCCCCAUGUGACAACAAAGUGUGUCAAAAUGGCGGCCAGUGCCAGGUACAGAGCAACACUGCAGUAUGUGUGUGCCAGGCCGGGUACACAGGGGCCACCUGUGAGACGGAUGUGGAUGACUGUGACUCUGAUCCAUGCUUCAAUGGAGGGUCAUGUGUGGACCUGGUGGGGAACUACAGCUGUGUCUGUGUGGAGCCCUUCGAGGGACCUCGCUGUGAGACAGGAAAUCACCGGGUGCCUGACCCCUGCUUCUCUACCCCUUGCCAGAAUGGGGGCACCUGUGUGGAUUCGGAUCAGGGAUACGUGUGCGAGUGCCCUGAAGGCUUCAUGGGCUCAGACUGCAUGGACAGAAUCCCCAAUGACUGUGAGUGCCGAAAUGGAGGCCGGUGCUUGGGUUCAAACAUCACCCUCUGUCAGUGUCCCCCAGGCUUCUUUGGGCUCCUCUGUGAAUUCGAAGUCACAGCCACGCCCUGCAACAUGAACACGCAGUGCCCAGACGGGGGCUACUGCAUGGAGUACGGUGGGAGCUACCUGUGCGUGUGCCACACAGACCACAAUGUCAGCCACCCUCUGCCGUCCCCCUGCGACUCGGACCCUUGCUUUAACGGAGGUUCCUGUGAUGCUCACGACGACUCCUACACGUGCGAGUGCCCGCGUGGCUUCCAUGGCCGGCACUGCGAGAAAGCUCGGCCACACCUGUGCAGCUCGGGGCCCUGUCGGAAUGGGGGAACAUGCAAGGAGACAGGCAGCGAAUACUACUGUACCUGUCCUUAUCGCUUCACGGGGAGGCACUGUGAGAUUGGAAAGCCAGACUCCUGUGCCUCAGGCCCCUGUCACAAUGGUGGUACUUGCUUCCAUUACAUCGGCAAAUACAAGUGUGACUGCCCUCCAGGCUUCUCUGGGAGGCACUGUGAAAUAGCUCCCUCUCCCUGCUUCCGGAGCCCAUGUGUGAAUGGGGGCACCUGUGAGGAUCUAGGCACAGAUUUCUCCUGCCACUGCCAAGCAGGGUACACAGGACACCGGUGCCAGGCAGAGGUGGACUGUGGCCGCCCUGAGGAGGUGAAGCAUGCCACAACACGCUUCAACGGAACUCGUGUGGGCUCAGUGGCCCUGUACACAUGUGACCAUGGCUACAGCCCGAGUACCCCCAGCCACAUCCGUAUCUGCCAGCCACAAGGUGUCUGGAGCCAGCCUCCUCAGUGCCUUGAAGUGGAUGAGUGCCGCUCUCAGCCAUGUCUGCAUGGGGGCUCCUGCCAGGACCUCACCGCUGGUUAUCUAUGCCUCUGCAGCCCAGGAUAUGAAGGAGUCCACUGUGAGCUGGAGGUGGAUGCCUGUGCCUCCAGCCCCUGCCAGCAUGGAGGUCGAUGUGAAGAUGGCGGUGGGGCCUACCUGUGUGUGUGUCCUGAGGGCUUCUUUGGCUAUCACUGUGAGACAGUGAGUGAUCCCUGCUUCUCUAGCCCCUGUGGGGGCCGUGGCUACUGCUUGGCCAGCAACGGGUCCCACACCUGCACCUGUAAAGUGGGCUACACGGGCAAGGACUGCACCAGAGAGCUCCUCCCACCAACAGCGCUCAGGGUGGAGAGGGUGGAGGAGAGUGGGGUCUCCAUCUCUUGGAGUCCACCUGAGGGCGCUGCCGCCAGGCAAAUGCUGGAUGGCUAUGCAGUCACUUACGCCUCUGCGGAUGGCUCCUCUCGCCGAACGGACUUCGUGGACCGUAGCCGCUCCUCACACCAGCUACGGGCCCUGGCAGCUGGCCGUGCCUACAACAUCUCCAUCUUCUCAGUGAAGCGUAACAUCAACAACAAGAAUGACAUCAGCAGGCCCACAGUGUUGAUCGCCCGCACGAGACCACGCCCUGUUGAGGACGUUGAGGUCACCAACGUUUCGGCAAAUGCUAUCUCAGUGCGGUGGGCUUUGCACAAGAUCCAGCAUGCCACUGUCAGCAGGGUUCGAGUGUCCAUCCUCCACCCCAAGAACCCCGAGGCACUGUCCACUGAGGUGGACAAGAGUGUGGACCAGGCCACAUUCGGGGCACUGAUGCCAGGAAGAAAAUACACUGUGUGGUUGACCACCCUCAGUGGACCUGGAGGAAUGGAGCCUCUCACCGAGAGCCUAGCCUCAGCACCACUGCAUGUGUGGACCCGGCCCCUGCCUCCAGCAAACCUGACGGCCUCCCGAGUCACAGCUACCUCUGCCCAUGUGCUAUGGGACACCCCCACUCCAGGCGUCUCACUGGAGGCUUAUGUCAUCAAUGUGACCACCAGCCAGAACACCAAGAGCCGCUACGUCCCCAAUGGGAAGCUAGUGUCCUACACAGUACGUGACCUGCUGCCCGGACGGCGGUACCAACUCUCAGUGACAGCCGUACAGGGCACGGAGCAGGGCCAGCUGCACAGUGAGCCUGCUCACCUCUACAUCAUCACAUCCCCCAGGGACAGUACUGACAGACGUUGGCACCAGGAAGGACACCAUCCACGGGUGCUCAGAAAUAGACCAGCUCCUGCACGCCUUCCAGAGCUGCGCCUACUUAAUGACCACAGCGCCCCUGAAACACCAAUCCAAACACCCAGGUUCUCAGAGCUUGUGGAUGGAAGAGGAAGAGUGAGUGCAAGGUUUGGUGGCCUGCCCAGCAGAUCAGUCACCAUGAGAUCACAACCCACCACCCUGGUGCCACUCAAGAACACAGAGGCCCCUGUGCAGGUCCACCUGGCCCUCCAGCUACCUGAAAGCAACAACAAGGACACAGAAAGUGCCCCUGGGAGUUGCUCAGAGGAUGCCUGUCAAAAUGGAGGUACUUGUGUGCUAGGUGCCAAUGCUCACAGCUGUGACUGCAGAACUGGAUUCAAGGGCAGGCGCUGUGAGCUUGCUUGUGAAAAGGUGCCCCACCCCUGCACACGGCUAUUCUCUGAGACGAAGUCUUUUCCUGUCUGGGAGGGAGGCAUCUGUCACUACGUGUAUAAGAAAAUCUACAAAGUUCACCAGGACAUCUGCUUUAAAGAGCGCUGUGAGAGCACAAGCCUCAAAACCCCAAACAGGAAACAAAGUAACAGUCAAACACUGAAGAAAUCUGAAGUCUGGAAAAUGCUGGGUUAUACCACAGAAACCCUGUACAGCCUUCUAAUCAAAGUGACAUCGUUGAGAAUAACAGACUGGCUGGCCAAGGACAGUUUCCUUCUCUGUCCCUCAGUGAAUGUCUGAACAGUCCAUCUUCCUGGUGAUGCAGGAAGGGAGGCACCUCCAGUAACCAGCCAUUUCAGGACUGGGUUGCUCAUUCCUUCUAUAGCGGAGGACAUGAAGAACUGUCACCCAAGGGCCUAAGAACAACCAGAAGCAAAGAAACCUCCAGGCAAGGCUCAUACCAAUGAAGAAUCCAUGGCAACUAGGAAGCAAGUACUGAGCUGGAGUUCAACAACCAUCAGAAGAGCAAGAUCUCAGAGGUGCCCAUGCAAGAGGACAUGUGCAUCUGUCUCACACGUGAAGACUCUCCAGAAAGAGCGGCUGCCAACUCUCAAUGGCAUCAUGUCUCCUCUCGCCUCAGACUCUCAGAACACACACAAAACAUACUACAAGGGUUGUGAACAAGUAAAUCCUUCCGAGGAUCAAGAAUCCACAAACAUCACUUGGGUUUGAAAUAUUUACAUAGCAAUAAUCUGAAAGAUUAAUGUGCCUUUUAAAAACUCACCAUCAAAUCCAUUUCUGUAAAAAACCAUUAAGAAACCUGUAUCAGACACUGGCUUACAGAACAUCUAUUCUCAAAGUAAUGGAAAAACAAAACCAGGAAACAGAAUUAUACUCAAGACACCCACCCAUGAAAAACAUCAAAACUCACUUCUACCCAGAAGCCAUGCAGGAAAGAUCCAGUGCCACUACGAGCUGGAGGGCUGAGCAGCAGCAAGCCUGUUGAUCCAAAAUAAAUCCACAAGGCUGAGCCCCAAUGUCUUCACAGAGGGACAUGUGUCCUCCACACUCCUGCUCCCCCAACCCCCACAUCAUAGCCAGGUUGGAAUUCUGGCCAUAUAAGAAUGAAUGCAGAUUCUCGGGGGAGAGUUCUGAAGCCUCCAGAGAAAGGCAGAGGCUUUAAAGAGGAAGGGUUGGGGUUACCAUCCCCAGCUCUCUGUUCUUCCUUCUAAGGGCUCAGGAUGUGCUUGUAACACUCUGUCCACUUUAGGGAUUUCCAAAACCCAGGAAGGUGAGGUCUAAAUCUUGAACUGAAAAGAACACAUGGUCCUGGCUGCAGUCAGUCCUCCAUGGUUAUCUAGAAAAGAGAUGGCCAGCCUACAUAUACAGGGACUCCUCCUGUGAAGGAAGCACUGAAGUAACUUGAUCUAACCCAACUGCUUUCUAGAGCUGCAGUCAAUGUCUGGGUGAGUGGGCUGACAAUCAAUGACACCUGCAAGCUCAUAUUCCAGUGUCAGAGAAGGGAUGGGGUUCCCCUGCCCCAUUCCCCCACAUCAUUUAUACUGACCUAAGGACCAGUGCAUUCUGAAAGAGGAAAUGUUAAUUAUUACUGUAUUGGAGAGUAGGCAUUUUUAGGGUACAAUUCAGAGGUUAGCAGACUUUUUCUGUAAAAGGUUCAGGCACUCUUUGGGUUUUGCAGAUGGGAUGGACUCUGUGACCAGCACCCAACUCUGCUGUUGUAUUGCAAACACAGCCACCAUGUGGACAACAUAGCUACAUUUCAAUAAAAUUUUAUUUAUAAAAAUGAGCAGUAGGGAAAAAAAUUUUUAAUGGGCUAAAGAGAUGACUUAAGCAAUAAGGUACUUGCCUGCAAAGCCAACGG